CCCGCAUCCGUGACACCCGGAAGUGGAGUGGCUACGGCUGUGCGGCUCAGGCGGCUUCCGCGGCAGCUAAGUCCGCUGGCUCCCAGAGUCCUACUGGGAUGGCGAAUGCAGUUCCCCCUGAUGCUCCAGUCCCCACCCUGGCUGUGCCUUCGGAGCAGCUCCGGCACCUAGCAGAGGAGCUUCGGUUGCUCCUUCCUGGAGUGCGGGUCGGCGAAGCCCGGGAGACUACCAAGGAGUUUAAUCCGGAGACCUUUUGGAGAAGAUUCAAUGAGGCAGCUGUGACAGUGUCCACGGAAGCCACUACUCUGACCGUAGUCUUUUCCCGACUUCCACUGCCAUCUCCUCAGGAAACCCAGAGAUUCUGUGAACAAGUCCAUGCUGCCAUCAAGGCAAUUAUUGCAGCAUACUAUUCGCUUCCCAAGGAUCAGGGAACCACCUUGAGAAAGCUGGUAAGGAGUGCCACUCUUGACAUUGUGGAUGGCAUGGCUCAGCUUGUGGAAAUGCUUUACGUCACUCCAACGCAGAGCCCUGAGAACCUCAUUUCCUACAACAGUGUCUGGGAUGCGUGCCAGAAAGUGCCUAAAAUCCCAAGAGAUAACAAAGCUGCAGCCCUUUCAGUAUUGACCAAGAGUGUGAAUCUUGUAAAGGAUGCACAUGAGGAAAUGGAGCAGGCCGUGGAAGAAUGUGAUCCUUACUGUGGCCUUUUGAAUGACAUUGAGGAGGACAACUCUGACAACCAUGGAGAUGAGGAGGGUAUUUUGGGAUGUCCAAACAAUCGGGACUCAUAUUGGUCGGAGGAGGAUCAGGAGCUCAUAAUCCCAUGCCUUGCGCUGGUGAGAGCAUCCAAAGCCUGCCUGAAGAAAAUCCGGCUCUCAGUGGCAGAGAAUGGGAAGAAGGAUCAGGUGGCCCAGCUGGAUGACAUUGUGGACAUUUCUGAUGAGAUCAGCCCUAGUGUGGAUGAUUUGGCUCUGAGCAUAUACCCACCUGUGUGCCACCUGACUGUGCGACUCAAUGCUGCAAAACUUGUAUCUGUUUUAGAGAAAGCACUGGAAAUUACAAAAGCAAGUCAUGUGACCCCACAGCCAGAAGAUAGCUGGAUCCCUUUACUUAUUAAUGCUGUUGAUCAUUGCAUGAACAGAAUCAAGGAGCUCACUCAUGAAGUUGAAUUAUGAGUUUUCAGGCUCAUUUGUACUCUUCUCUGUCCCUUUCCUACUAUCUCAGCCAAGCUCUGAUGUCUGCUUUUAGAGUGGGGCUAGGAUGCUUUCUAGAACAAAACGAAGUUCCUGUCUAUACUUAUUAAGAGACACUAUUACAAAAGAUUAUUGAUUAGGUCAUACUAGUAAUUAUUUAUAAACCAUUUAAGUAUGAUAUAUUUUUCUGUGCUAGAUACAAAAGAUAAUUGUAUGAGUGUUUGUUCUUGAGUUGCCUCUCAGAGAUUCCUGGGGAAGCUGCCCUUUUUGCAGUAAAGUAUGUCAUUUCUUUGUUAAAGAUGUUGAUAGUGUCAGUAAAAUGCUUGGUGCCAGUAAAAUGCUUGAUUAACUGAGGUACCCUUCCAAAGUCUCUUUCUACCAGAAAUAUGUGGGUUGAGACUAUAAUAUUGCUUUUGUUUAGGUUUAUAGGUCUAAAGAUCUGAUUCUGAUCAGAAACAUAUUUAGAACAAAAACACUUUAUUUAGAGCAGUUGCCUCCAAAGGCCUUGUUAGUACUUCAGCAUGUUUUAUAGUUAUUCUCACCAGCAAGUUCUCCUGAAUAUUAUUCCAGGUUAGGUUACUCAGUGCCUCUGAAAUUAUUUUUUGGUAUUGAGCUUGUGAAAAUUAAUAGGGGGAAAUCUUGUGUAAAAUGGAGUUGAAAAAAAAUUUUUUUUAAUUAAGAAAAUUAAUUUAAAAAAAUUUAAAAAAAAUGGAGUCGAGAGGCCAGAAGGGGGAGCACUCAUGCACUGCCACUCUAAGUAACAGGAAGGACUGUGAAUUCCAGAUAGAAGUGAUGUGAGUUGCAUCUCCUGCCAGAAAUUGACUACCCCAGGUACUAAGGCAGUGGGAACCCCUCAUCACCCAGAACUCUCGCUUUUCUCCAUUUGAGCAGUUGUUCAAAACAGCUGCUCCCAACUUCCUCCUUUGUGGUGGCUUUUACUAUAACCUUCUUGACCCUAAUUGCAGUUCUUUGCUGUUCCAGAAUAAACCCAUUUUGCUGAUAAAAUAA